GGACUGAUCCGACAUUGUGCAGGUUGCCUCGAACGAAGAUAGUUCGCGCGAGACAAGUCGACAUAAUACGCACACUUCUUCCGGCCGCCCUUCACCCCACCACAGCCCUCGACCAUCUUCGAUGCACUCACCGCCUAUUACACCUGCGGCGACGAGAUCGCGGGACGCCGUGGAGGGGACUACAAAAGGGGCGCCUUUACAGAAGGUGGAAGCAGAGGAGGACGCGGCAGCCGUCACUCCACAAAUCUCACCACCCGGGACUUCCCCGUCAACCACAAAUAUCGACGAUAGCCGGCCGGGAUCUUCAGGAGUGACGACAAGGCCGACAAGCUUAUCCGCAGACUCCGGUUCCCAAUCACGACAUGGUGCUUUCUCGAUCGGCCCUGGCAAUGAUACCUCUGUACCAGUAUCGCGCGAGACCAGUCCCUCGAGAACAACAGCACCAACAUACAGCAGACCCUUCACACCUUCCGGUGAUGCCAACGACCCAUAUGCAGCAAACAAACGACCUCCACAAUCGAGAAACUUAGACGCCAUUGAUCAGAGGUUCAAGUUCACGGCUCUGGGUUCGAAACAUCGACCUUCACCAAGCUCAUCGACUACCAAUCUUCCCAGAUCAUCAAGAAGUGCUGUCGAUGUGAACAACAACAAUUCAGAAAAGAGACAUUCCCACAUCUUUGGAGGAGGUCACAAGGACCACCUCUCACACAUGCACGACGAGAGCUCAACGACGAUUUCGAGCAAACAUGGAUCGAUGUCGGAGCUCAAGCGUUUCUUGAAGAUUGGAGGACAUCACAAGUCAAAGCGAGCAGCAUCACCUACUCCUUCAGCCAAAUCGGGUACCAAGACCCCUCCACACCAUAAGACUCCGCAACAACUACCCUUCGGUGACGAUCAUGGCCUGCAAUCGAAGUACGGCAAGUUCGGAAAAGUCCUAGGAGCUGGAGCUGGUGGCUCGGUUCGUCUCAUGAAGAGAAGUAGUGACGGAACGACUUUUGCAGUAAAGGAGUUCAGAGCUAGACAUUCAUACGAGACGGAAAAAGAAUACGCCAAGAAGGUCACCGCAGAAUUCUGUGUUGGUUCAACCUUACAUCAUGGCAACAUCAUCGAGACGUUGGAUAUUGUACACGAGAAGGGAAAGUGGUAUGAAGUGAUGGAGUAUGCCCCAUAUGAUCUUUUCGCAAUCGUCAUGACGGGAAAGAUGUCGAGAGAAGAGAUCAGCUGCUCAUUCCUGCAAAUAUUGAGUGGUGUCACCUAUUUGCAUAGUAUGGGUCUGGCGCAUCGAGAUCUGAAGCUGGACAACGUCGUGGUGAACGAGUUUGGAAUCAUGAAGAUCAUCGACUUCGGCAGCGCAAGCGUUUUCAAAUAUCCAUUUGAAAACGGGAUCACCCUUGCUAGUGGUAUCGUCGGAUCUGAUCCUUACCUUGCUCCAGAAGUGUACGACGAAAGGAAGUACGACCCUCAACCAGCUGAUAUUUGGUCCCUUGCUAUCAUCUUCUGCUGCAUGUCGUUACGCAGAUUCCCUUGGAAGAUGCCAAGAAUGACCGACAAUUCGUAUAAGCUAUUCGCAUCUCCCCCCACUCCUGGCACGGACUUGAGGAGAAUAUCCGACACCCCUGCCCCAUCAAAGUCCACAAACGACUUAGAUACGCCUGCUAGAGAUGCCGUUCCAGAAUCGAAACCAACUACACCUAAGGCCGAACUCCCCCCAAACACUUCCAACGGAGCACUUGCACCUGUCAAACCAGAGGUGAUCAAGGGUCCUUGGAGAUUGUUACGGCUCUUGCCAAGAGAAAGUAGACAUAUCAUGGGACGAAUGCUGGAGAUCGACCCCAAGAAACGAGCAACUUUAGAAGAAGUCCUGGCUGAUCCUUGGGUCUCUGGAACUAACAUAUGUCGUCAAGUUGGCAAGGAGUUGUACCGUGCUCCAGGUCACACCCAUACUUUAGAGCCUCCGGCUUCACAACCCCCACCGGCGAAGUGAUCUUCUCUACAGCUUGCUUCACAUUGACACGGGAUUGCAUGGGCUUGAUAGCGGAGUUUAGGUUGGAUUUAUGCGGUGGUUGGGUUAAAGGCUGUUGAGGACUUGGGAAGUACUGUGCAUAGAUAGGAUUCUCUAAUUCUUGGAGAAGAUGUAGAUUGUGUAACCUGGGGUCUGGCUGUAUGGCCAGAGGCAGAGAUUUAGCCCCCCAAACAGAGGUCAUGGACCGAUGGGUAUUAUGACUUACGCCUGUUAUUAUUGCAUUACAAAUAAGAAUUUUAAUUGUUCAACAUGAAAUUUUGCGUUUGUGUACUGUGAACUUGGCGUAGGGUAGAAGUGACAUGGUCUAACGUUCGCUGAAUCACUUAUUAUGAUCAAGACAGAUAUAAGCAUAAUUUAAAAGUCUUCAUAACUUCA